AUGGGGAUCCGGAAAAUGAAUUGGAACCAAUGGAUUGAAAUGGAUUCGAAUUUUAUCCCUUAUCACGACGCCAAGGUUCGGGAGCUCGAGAAGGACGUCAAAUCCCGGGUACAAUAUGUCGACAACGAAGUCACGCGCCUCGCAUGCUUUGAGGUCCUGGAAGAACUGACGCAAUAUCUCACGCAUCGCUAUCCGGAAGUCUUCCAAUUGCACGGCAACAUCCUUCAUAACACAGUCACUGGUGAAGAAUUUCAAUACCCAGCACCGAACCCGACGGAAGCUAUGGUUACCGCAGCAAAGCUCGUCCAGGACGAUCUCGUAGUCAUGGUAUUGAAUGACGAUGGCCAAUACCACAUCGAUGCGGGCGCGGUCUGCCUACCUGGGUUCUGGCGUUUGACUGAGAAAUACCGCAUGUCGCUCGACGAACUCCAUAUCGAAGCCGGUGUACCUCAUUACCAAGAGAAGUUGCAAAAGGCCAUGAAUCGUUUCUUCGCAAAUAUGACGUGUGAGAAGCCUGUCAUUCGGAAUAACUUCUUCAUCCAACUGGACGACGGUCUCGCAUGGUCACACCGCAUGGGCGAUCAGAACUCCAACGCGGUUGCUUCCUGGGCCACUGCCAACUCCAAAGGUCUCCGUGUCGAAGACAUCCACUUCCGCUCCGAACGGCAAUCUCUGCGACGUCUGCCAAAGUCCAAAGCUCUACUCUUCACCAUCAGAACGUACUUCGAGCCGGUGACGACCAUUGCGAAGGAGCCGCAUGUGCCAGGAAGACUGGCCGAGGCGAUCAGGGGGUGGGAUGAGACUGUCAGUUACUACAAAGGACGAGAGCAUUGGGAAGGUUUGUUGCUUCCGUAUCUGGAUGAGGAACAUAGGAAGCAAGUUGAUAGUGGGGUGUUAGAGAAGCCGGAGGGUGAGUUCCCUUUUUGA